AUGAGUGUAGGUGCUGCCCAACAAAGCCAACAUGCCAAGUCGUAUUUGGCCGAUAUUCACAGAGCUCUUAGGAUACCAUCUCCUAUACCUAGUACAGACUACGAGGGCUCAGACUACGCUUCAAGUUUGGUUUCCUUGUCAAGAAGAAACACGAGAGAUCUUGAAAAGGAACAUAGUAACGUUUCUUCCGUCUCUGCAUCCAUUGACGAUACUGACGUGACAGAGGAAAACGAUAGUUUUGCUUACGAUCAAGGCCGUCUAAGCUCAAGCUUCAAUGAUAUUGACAUCUCAGAUACCUCAGGCAGGGAUGAAAAGUCACCCAGGUCUUCAAUCAACUCACUUCCCGGUCUCAAUGUCACUCAAAACCUGGUAAACUUGUCCGAUAUUCACUCUCGGAGCAACUCUAAAUCCAGUACGGCUUCGGCUCAUUCCUCCGCUACUCAAAAAUCGCUUACUUCAACCCAAUGCAGAAGCCCUUUUUCUAAUAGAAGCUUCGACAAUUUGGUAAUUCCCAAGAAAAACCCGGCACGCUCAAUGAGUAAUAACAUGACUAAUCCAUCAAAAGAAUUAAUACGAGAGGAUUCUAAUGCCAUUUCGGAUAAUGCCCUAUCGUCGUCUCCUAUGAAUUACAAUAUGGAAUCCCCAAUUCAGCAUACACACACCCCUUCUGAUUCGAGCUUUUCUAACAGUAUUGUCAGUAGCGUUAGCGAUAUAGUAGGAACUGGAAAGCCAGUAAGCAGCAUUGCCUCUUUCGGAUUUUCUGAUGAUUCCUACUCUUUUCAAGAAGUCCAUACACCCCAUGUAUCCGAUGAAGAAACAACCCCACAAGAAAACAGAACUGAUAUUUAUCGGUCGAAUUCUAUUGAUGAAGAAGAGAACCCAAUAUCUUCUAUGGAAUCAUCAAUGCGUUCUCAAGAAUGUACUUUGGAUGACGAUAAUCAUCUCACUCUACUUCCUAAAGUUAUGUCUUUGCCGGAUCCUAGAUUUACGAAUGUUUUGUCGGCUUUUGAUGCAUUGACUAGAAAGUAUUUGCUUCGAGAGAACUCGAAGGUUGUGCAUGCAUCAAGCAAUGAAGGUUUUUCGCCUCCAUCUAAACGUGUUGUGAAUUCAUGUUUCAUGCCUGCUAGAGAUGAGUCGAUCUACAGCCGAUACUCUUUAUCUACUCCAAAUUCGCAAGGUAGAGGUCGACUCUAUGUUCGUUUGGAAGGGAUCCGAAACUUAACAAUUCCUCUUGCCUCUGGUGUAACUACGAAUUUCACAUAUCAGGUUAAGGGAAAUAAAGGUACUGCUCCUUGGCAACCUUUGCAUACUACCACAAGCAUAGAAAAAGAAUAUGUUUUUGAUGAAUCUUCGGAUCCUUCUAUUGUUUGGACUUUGAGAGCAAGGUAUGAGCCUCCUAAGACACGUUCUCGUUCCGGUUUAGGAAAGGUAUUUUCGACAAGUCGACGUAAAUCUUCUGUUAUUGAUCCUGUUUCAGAGGCUUUGCAUGGUUAUGUUUUGAAAGAUGGAACUUUUGGUGAAAUCUCGUUAGAUAUAGAUUCAAUUAGUCGGAGUGCUCUUGGUAGAUGCCAGUCCAUGAUGGUUCCAAUUAUCAAUAAGUGGAUAGUUGACCCUACAGUGCGUGAUGCGAAGCCUUCUUCGCGAAAGAUAGGUGACAUGAUGGUCCAUGUUUUUGCUUUACCUACUUUACCCGUUUCUCCUAAGGAACUCCCUUCUUCAAUUGAAGCAGCUAUGGAAGACCUGAAACUUGCCGAAUGGGAUCGCACAUUGUUGUGCGAUGGUUAUUUAUGCCAACAAGGAGGGGAUUGUCCUUAUUGGCGUCGUCGCUAUUUCCAAUUAAUUGGCUCAAAGCUUGUAGCCUUUCAACCUUUUACGAAGACACGUCGUGCAACCAUUGAGCUAUCUGAAGCCACCCACAUCGUUGAUGACAAUCACUACAGUGAUGAGGAAGAAUUGGAAGGUUAUUUGUAUUUCGAAGCCGGGUUCAGAAUUAUUUUCAAAAACUCGGACUAUAUUGACUUCUAUGCUGAGACGGUUGAGGAAAAAGAAGAGUGGAUGUCUACGCUUCGCCAGUAUUUGGGUCAGUGUGCUCGGGUUCGUAAGAAUUGGACGAAAACAUUUCUUUCAUUGACGGUAUAG